AUGCCCUGGCGCCUGCUCGACUGGAUCCCCAUCAGCAAUACAACACAACUUAACAUAUUUUAUCUAUUUUCAAAAAUACGCAUGCGGGUUAUCAGACGUAGCGCACAUCGAGUCCCUCCAGGAGAAAUCUCAAUGUGCAUUAGAAGAGUACUGCCGAACACAGUAUCCGAACCAGCCAACCCGGUUCGGGAAACUGCUCCUGAGACUGCCAUCUUUAAGAACAGUGUCAUCCCAGGUGAUCGAGCAGCUAUUCUUCGUCCGACUGGUCGGAAAAACCCCGAUAGAAACCCUGAUCCGGGACAUGCUGCUCAGCGGCAGCAGUUUUAA